AUGGCCCGCCGUCCCGCCCGCUGCUACCGCUACUGCAAGAACAAGCCUUACCCCAAGUCUCGUUUCAACCGUGGUGUCCCCGACCCCAAGAUCAAGAUCUUCGAUCUUGGCCGCAAGAAGGCCAACGUUGACGACUUCCCCACUUGCGUCCACCUCGUCUCCAACGAGUAUGAGCAGCUUUCUUCUGAGGCUCUCGAGGCCGCCCGUAUUUGCGCCAACAAGUACCUUGUGAAGAUCGCCGGUAAGGAAGGUUUCCACCUCCGUGUCCGUGUGCACCCCUUCCACGUCAUCCGUAUCAACAAGAUGCUGUCUUGUGCCGGUGCCGAUAGACUGCAGACUGGUAUGCGUGGUGCUUUCGGUAAGCCCCAGGGUUCCGUCGCCCGUGUGAACAUUGGUCAGAUCAUCCUGUCCGUCCGCACCCGUGACGUCAACCGUGCUACUGCUAUCGAGGCUCUCCGUCGCUCCAUGUACAAGUUCCCCGGUCGCCAAAAGAUCAUUGUCUCCAAGAACUGGGGCUUCACCCCUGUCCGCCGCGAGGACUACGUCCAGCUGCGCCAGGAGGGCAAGCUCAAGCAGGACGGUGCCUACGUUCAGUUCCUCCGUGGUCACGGUACCAUCGCCGAGAACAUGAAGCGUUUCCCCGAUGCUUUCGAGAACGUGUCCCAGGCUUAG